AUGGAGGACUUGUGCGACUUCACCGGCAGGUAUGCACCUACGAGCAGCUUUGAAGCCGAGGAGGAAGCGGCAGAGGGAGAUGGCGAGGAGGCCGACGGAGAAGAGGGAGAGGAGGAAGGUGAGAAGGAGGAUGAAGGCAAAGAUGACAAGGACGAAGAGGAAGAGUUCAGUGAGGAGGGUCAGUGGAAAUAUGGUGAGUCCUUCGGCGCGGCCUGGAAGGAGGGCGACGUCAUCGGCGUCCUCUUUGAUGCCAAGGAUGGAACUGCCAAUCUCUCCUUCUCCCUGAACGGAUCCUUGGCGGCGCCGAUGGGGCAGGCUUUUACCAUCGACCUCGCAGAGGACAUGACGCUGGCCAUGGUGUUGGCUUCAGGCGAUGAAGGAGAGAUCAACGUGAACUUAGGGCAGCGGCUCUUUCAGACAUGCCCAUCGGUGCAGGAGGGGGAGGAGGAGCCGAGAGCUGUGCGUGGUCUUGGCGAGGCAAUGCGCAUGCGGCCUGCCUGGAAAGUCCAGCUGCCCAAAGGCGUCAAGGACAAGGUGGAGGUCGACCAGCUGCAUUCCGCAGAAGACAACUGGGUUCAGAUCAUGGAAGGUUGGGUGCAGACGCGGAUGCUGGUGGCGGGCACGGAGUAUGAAGCUCUGAAGCUCUUUGGUGGCAUAGAGACGACAAGACAGGCUGCGGCCACUGUGGAGCCCGGUGGAUCCUCCACGAAAGAAGAAAGAAGCCAGCUGCUGCUUCGCAAAUUCAGUCCCAGCUUUUCACCCAUGGGCUUUGGUUCUAUGUAG